GCAUAUAUAUAACCUCGAAUAUUUUUCGAGGGUAAAUGUCCAGUGAAUAGAUACAACAUCGAGGGCCAGUGUUAUGGAAAGCUGCAGCGAUACAGCGAGCGUCAAGGAAGAGCCGUACGAUAAUUGGCCGGACGCGUGCGAAGAUUACAAUUUCGAUGCGGUGGAUUAUUGCAAAGCCGAAAACUUUGAGGCAUUGCCGUUGCAUGAGAUAUCGGCGAAACGUGCUAAUGAAACUGCGACGUCACGGAAAAGGUCAGAUAAAAAUUUAAUCAUAGAGUUUGAGUGCAAAGAUGUUAAAAUUGAGCCGCCGUCUCUAUCGACAACGAUCGUCAAAUCCGAGAAUCAAAAUUGUUCACCUAUUGUGAAAAUGGAAAACGAACAAAUGACUAAUUUUGUGAAUGAAAAAAGUCAUCGAGUAAAAGCAACACUGGACAAUGAUUUAGUGCCCCUGCGCCAAGAAUACACAAUUUUCAUUCACGAAUGCUAA